CGAGCGCUAAAGGUCCCGGAGUGUCCUGCCUCUCCUCGUGCUCACUCCUGUCCUCUCUCCGCUCCUCGCCUCCUCUCCUCUUUUCGCUCCAGUGACGCGCCGCAGGGAAAGAGGAACCGCGGGGAAAGCAGAAGUCAGAUUAGUGGAGGUUUUUUUUUGCAGGUUUUGGCGCUUUGGAGCCGCUCUCCUGCUGCAGACAUGUUCAGUUGGGUUAAACAGGAGCAGGGAGGACGCAACAAGGAAGGAGAGAUGUACGCGACCGUGACUGAAGGGCUGCAGACGCUGUACACCAAGAAGCUGCUGCCGCUGGAGGAGACUUACCUGUUUCAUGACUUCCACUCACCUGCGCUCGAGGCCGCGGACUUCCAGAGCAAACCCAUGGUGCUGCUCGUGGGCCAGUACUCUACCGGGAAGACCACGUUCAUCAGGUAUCUUCUGGAGCAGGACUUCCCGGGGAUGAGGAUUGGACCUGAGCCGACCACAGACGGUUUUAUCGCCGUAAUGUACGGAGAAAAUGAGGGUGUCGUCCCCGGCAAUGCCCUGGUCGUCGAUCCCAAGAAACCCUUCAGGAAACUCAACGCCUUUGGGAAUUCCUUUCUAAACAGGUUUAUCUGCUCUCAGAUGAAUAACCAGGUCCUUCAGAGCAUCAGCAUCAUCGACACUCCAGGGAUCCUGUCGGGAGAGAAACAAAGAAUCAGCCGAGGUUACGACUUUGCAGAGGUGUUGCGAUGGUUUGGGGAGCGCGUGGACAGAAUCAUCUUGCUGUUCGAUGCUCAUAAACUGGACAUUUCAGAUGAGUUUUCUGAGGCCAUCCGAGCUUUCAAAGGUCAAGACGAUAAGAUCCGAGUGGUGCUCAACAAAGCCGACCAGGUGGACACUCAGCAGCUGAUGCGGGUGUAUGGCGCCCUCAUGUGGUCUCUGGGGAAAGUAAUCAACACUCCGGAGGUGGUUCGGGUUUAUCUGGGCUCAUUCUGGGCCAAGCCUCUGCAGAACACGGAAAACAGACGUCUGUUUGAAGCUGAGACUCAGGAUCUGUUCAGAGACAUUCAGGGUUUACCUCGAAACGCAGCUCUGAGAAAACUCAACGACCUGAUCAAGAGAGCCCGACUUGCUAAGGUGCACGCUUACAUCAUCAGUUACCUGAAGAAGGAAAUGCCGUCGCUUUUCGGGCGAGAGAAAAAGAAGGAGGAGCUAAUUCUGCGACUUCCCGAGAUCUACACCAUCCUGCAGAGGGAGCACCACAUCAGCCCCGGAGACUUCCCCAACGUGGCAAAGAUGCAGGACCAGUUGCAACAUUAUGACUUCAGCAAAUUCCCGUCUCUAAAGAUGAAGCUCAUCGAGUCGGUGGAUAAAAUGUUGGCGUCAAAGAUCGCUGUUCUCAUGGCAAUGAUCCGGGAGGAGGAGUCUAAAGCUCCACCUGCCAUGGUGCAGGGCGGGGCAUUCGAGGGAUCACAGGAUGGCCCCUUUGGUCAUGGGUACGGUGAGGGCAUCAGCGCCGGCGCCGACCACGAGGACUGGAUCGUGAACCGCGACAAACACCGAUACGAUGAGAUCUUCUACACGCUGAUGCCCGUCAACGGGAAGAUCUCUGGAGUCAACGCCAAGAAGGAGAUGAUGAAUUCCAGACUCCCCAACACCGUCCUCGGAAAGAUCUGGAAGCUGGCGGACUGCGACCAAGACGGAAUGCUGGACGACGAGGAGUUUGCUCUGGCACAGCAUCUGAUCCAAGUCAAACUGGAGGGAUACGAGCUGCCUGGGGAGCUGCCCCACCAUCUGAUCCCUCCAUCACACCGCAAGAGCCACCAGAGCAACGGGGAAGGGGUCUACAGCCACAACGAGGACUGAGGACUGAACUGGGAUGGAACCGGGACUAAACCGGGACUGAACCGGGACUGAACCGGGACUGAACCGGGACUGAACCGGGACUGAACCGGGACUGAACCGGGACUAAACCAGGACUGAACCAGGACUGAACCAGGAGAGAACCAGGACAGAACCAGGACUACUCCAGGACCAAAUUAGCAUUAUAAAGUUUGUUUUUGUUUGAGUGUCCCUUCUGUCCCUCCAUACCAUUAUCAUUAGUCCUAAACAUUUCACAUAUUCACCGCUUCAGUCUCAGUUCAGUCUCAGUCCAGUUCGAAUUCAGUCCCAGUCCAGUUCCACUUCAGUCCUGGUCCAGUCCUGUUUCAGUCCUGGUCCAGUCGUGGUCUCUGGAGUCUGUUACAUAAGAGUCAGAUGAAAAAUGGUUUUGUACUGGACCCACUGGACUCUCACAUUUCAUUAUUGCAGCUUUGAUCUCAAACAUGAAGAUUUAUGAAGGAAAACAGAGUCUGUGUUUAAGAAAAACUUUGAUAAGUACAACGCCGGGACUGAAACUGGUGUCAUCCUGGACUAAACCACUUCCAGUCCAGGUUUAGACCUGGUUUAGUCCCAGUUUAAUCCUGGUUUAGACCUGGCUUAGACCUGGCUUAGACCUGGCUUAGACCUGGCUUAGACCUGGCUUAGACCUGCCUUAGACCUGCCUUAGACCUGCCUUAGACCUGCCUUAGACCUGCCUUAGACCUGCCUUAGACCUGCCUUAGACCUGGCUUAGACCUGCCUUAGACCUGGCUUAGACCUGGCUUAGACCUGGCUUAGACCUGGCUUAGACCUGGCUUAGACCUGGUUUAGACCUGGUUUAGACCUGGCCUAGACCUGGCCUAGACCUGGCCUAGACCUGGCCUAGACUUAGCUUAGACCUGGUUUAGUCCUAGUUUUAAUUUCAACUGUGUGUGAAUUUGGACCAAUCACUGUCCUUGUUUUUCAGAACAAAUUACAUCUUUUAUUUAAAUCAACUCUUUUGGUUCGGGUUUAGACCUCCUUUAGUCCCUGGCUUAGGUCUUAUUUAAUUUGAGGUUCGUUUUGACCCUGGUUUUAAUCGUGGUUUUAAUCCUGGUUCCGUCUUGGUUUAUACCAUAACAGACAGAUACUAAAACUGGAAAGAGUUUAAGGCUUUGGGCUGUAACAGCUGGUUCAGUCCUGGUUCAGUCCUGGUUCAGUCCUGGUUCAGUCCUGGGUCAGUCCUGGUUUAGUCCUGGGUCAGUCCUGGGUCAGUCCUGGGUCAGUUUUGUGCUCUUAUGUUGUGAUGCCUUUAGACUGCAUUUUUGUGAUCUUAAUGCCCCCUAGUGGACAAGAAAACGUCCUGUGUAAAUCCUAUUAUAGUCCUGGUUUAGUCCUUGCUCAGUCCUAGUUUAGUCCUGGUUCAGUCGUCAUUCAGUCCUGGUUUAGACCAAGAUUUAGUCCAGGUUAACAGGUCUAGAUCUGAUUGUAUCAAAAGUAAGUGGUUUUGACCAAAAUUUGAGACACAUCAGUUUUUAUUUUACAGAUUUAAAAAAAUGUCUCUCUUCAAACAUUCCUCUCGUUGUGUCAUACCUGUGGCUCCAGGUUCAGUCCAAAGUCUUAAGACUUUUAUGUGAUAAAAUAAAUCCAUAAAGUUCAAUAAUCUGAAGUUUAUAAUGUGACUUUACAACAUAGUCUUAUGACAGGAACCACACCCCGAGGACUAAACCAGGAAGUCCAGGACUAGACCAGGACUAGACCAGGACUAGACCAGGACUAGACCAGGACUAGACCAGGACUAGACCAGGACUAGACCAGGACUAGACCAGGACUAGACCAGGACUAGACCAGGACUAGAACUAAAAACCACAAUUGGUCAGCUCCUGGUUUGACCUCUAGAUCAAUUGAAUCUUUCAUUUCCUCUGUGAUGUUCAGUCUUUGCUCUGUUACAAAUGAUUCCAAAGAUGUAAAAAAAAUAAAAUCUUUAUUUGUAUGUUUUCUUCCAAGUAUUGUACAGAACUAUUAGUUUCUUAUUUUGUUUGACACAUUUUCAGACACUUCAAAUUAAUUUCAAAUGUAUAACUCUACUGUAACCUGCUGUUACCAUAACGACCCCAUGUUUAGUUAAAGGUCCAUAUGACUCUAUUCUCUGCUCUGUUUUAAUGUAGUUUCCUCAUCACAAACAGACCUGGAGUUGUGUUUUGUUUCAUUCACACAUGUUUAACACACAAACUCUGCAUAUUCAGGCUGAGUUCUUCUCUCAAACUGAAAACACUCUGUUCCACCUUGUGAUGUCAUGACUUAAAUCUCACACGAGACAGUUUUGUGUCAUAUAGGACCUUUUAAAUCUAUUCUGCUUAUUAUUAUUGUUUUAAAUGUUUGUGCCUUAUCGCUCGAAGAAAAGCCAUAUGUUCUUCUGCAAUCAGCACUGCCUUACUUUAAUUUUAUUUUAACUUUAUCAAACUGCACAGAUUUAUUCACGAUUAAAACAUGUACAGAAGAAUUUCAUUUGGAAGAAAUUAUCUCAGAUUUUGUGUGAAAAAUGAUGAAAGUCUGAGGAGGAGUGUAUUUUAUUAAACUUUGUAAA